CGUCUCCUCCGCCUGUCUGUCUCCUCUGCUCUGCGCGCACAGUCCGCAGCUCCUCCGCCUGCGCGCCGCACAGGGGGAUCUCACAGCCUCAGAGCCCAGUCGGAUGCGCUGAGAAAAACAAAAAAAGAGAGAAAGAAAGGAAAACGGGGCGCAGCGCAGAGGCACGGUAUAUGGAAGUUGUGAGCUGCAAAACAGAGGCGAGCAGUUGCACGUUGUGUCCAGGACCGGGAGCCAUGCUUUUCCACGGGAUCUCCGGGGAUCACAUCCAAGGGAUCAUGGAGGAGAUGGAGAGAAGGACGAAGACGGAGUCGCGCCUGGCGAAGGGCAUGCAGCUCAACGGCAGGGAGUCGACCAUGACCUCCAUGAGCCCGGAGAAGCCUGCCCUGUGCGCCGGCUGCGGUGGGAAGAUCUCGGACAGAUACUACCUCCUGGCCGUGGACAAACAGUGGCAUCUGCGCUGCCUCAAAUGCUGUGAAUGUAAGCUGGCGCUGGAAUCGGAGCUGACGUGCUUUGCCAAGGAUGGGAGUAUUUAUUGCAAGGAGGAUUACUACAGAAGGUUCUCCGUGCAGAGGUGCGCGCGCUGCCACCUCGGGAUAUCCGCCUCGGAGAUGGUGAUGCGAGCGCGCGACUCCGUGUACCACCUGAGCUGCUUCACGUGCACCACGUGCAACAAAACCCUGACCACGGGCGACCACUUCGGCAUGAAGGACAGCCUGGUGUACUGCAGGCUCCACUUCGAGACGCUGGUGCAGGGCCCGGACUACCAUCCGCAGCUCAACUUCGCCGAGCUGGCGGCCAAAGGCGGCGGCCUCGCGCUGCCCUACUUCAACGGCACGGGGACGGCGCAGAAAGGGAGGCCGCGCAAGAGGAAGAGCCCGGCCAUGGGGAUAGACAUACCCAGCUACAACACAGGCUGCAACGAGAACGACACCGACCACUUGGACCGAGACCAGCAGGCCUACGCUCCGACGCAGAAGACCAAGCGCAUGCGGACCUCCUUUAAGCACCAUCAGCUCCGGACAAUGAAAUCCUACUUUGCCAUCAACCACAACCCGGACGCCAAGGACUUAAAGCAGCUGGCUCAGAAAACAGGCCUCACUAAGAGAGUUCUGCAGGGAGAACAAAUCUUGGGGCAUUACAGCCAUACAUCCCGACGUUUGAAAAUUCCCUAAAGUAUUAAGAGAAGGGGAAAACUUUGAUGGGAAUUCCUCACCAUUGAAGACAAAGACAAUUUUAGGAUAAGAUGAUAGCAAAUCGAGAACAAAUAAAACAACCAACAUUAAAAAAAAAAAAAAAAUUGUGCCAGAUGCAAAUGUGAAACAGAUUUUUUUUUUUUUUUGUCUUUUAAAGAGUAAAAUGUUUGAAUGCAUCAGCAGAAGAGACCAGUGGUGUAUGAUAUUUAUGCUAUCAGUGUGUAAAAGUGAAGAUCUCUGUUUUGGAGUAGAAAAUUGUAAAAUUUUUCAUGUGAUAUAGUUUAAAAAAUUACUCACAUAAAGAAAGGAUGUGAUUGAAGGACACCUAAAACAAUGAGACAAUAUGGAUGUUAUUGGUAUGAACACACACACACACACACACACACACACACACACACACACACACACACCACACACACACACAGACACAUGCUGCUGCCCUCCUCCUACCCCCCAUCCAAGAUCCAGCUUGCUAAAUAGAAGUUUUCUUUUGUCACAAGUGUCAUUUCGUAAAACACAUGGCCUCCUCGAGACUCGGCAGCAGGAUGCCCAUCAAAUAUGAUGAGUGUAUGAAGAGGACUGCAGAGCUGGAGCUUUGCCAUCUGGCUGUGCUGAGGGAAGGAAGUAUAAAAAGAGAGAGAGAGAGAGAGAAAGAGAGAGAGAAACAAAGUGGAUAAAGAAGAGAUCCUCAUUCUUGCAUGCACCUCAUCAUCUUGUUAACAUUUUCCUCGAGGUUGUGUAUAAUUUCCUUUGAUCCGCUGUAUGAUUUAUUGUUUGCUGCAAAAAUGAAGCACAUGAAUUAUAUACCUCCUGAGCAGGCAGCAGAUAGGCACUGUUGCUUCAAGCUUAUUUGUUCUUGACAUUCAGCUUAUAACUGUAAAGGGUGAAAAAUGCAUUCCUGGUUUCUCUUAGCUCAUAACUGUGGUUAUUUGUGGAAGCAGUAUUUCUCUCGUGAGUCUCAGAACGUUGCUGAAUAUUUUUGGUUCUCACACUUGAGGUUCUUCAUCAGUUACAUUUCUUCUCAGCAUCCCUUUUUUUUUUUUUUUUUGCUUAAAGCUGUUUGAAAUGUGAGUCAUGCAAUUGCAGAAAUAAUUGUUUUUGUAAUAAAGGUGAAAAAGCACUUUGUUUUCAGCAUGAUAUGUGAUGUACGGUGAAUGGACAGCUGCUUCUGAAUAAAUUAGAAUAUCAUUUCAAAAAUCGCUUUUUAUUUCAGUAAUUUAACUGGAAAAGGUGAAACUUAUAUCGAGGUUCACAGGUUCAUACUGUGGUUAUAUACUCUGAGAUGCUUCUGUUUAUUUUGAUGAUUAUGGCUUACAACAACAACAACAACAACAACAAAAAUUUAGUUUCUUAUUCUUCCAUUAUUUUUCUAUGCUAUAGCAAAGUUAUGUGAAAAACUUUAAUGCUCAGGUGUCCAGCAGUCAUCUGCGAAGAGAGUAAGUCAGAAAAAUAUCUUUGAUGAAGAAGCUGGGAGUUCACAGACUGCUGUGUGUAUGGAAAAUUAAGUGGAAGGAAAAAGUGCAACGCUCAUUUAAUGGUUCUACGUAGAUUAACAAGGCAGCUGGAGUCACUGAUUCAGCAGGACUUGGACAUCAUUAGUGCAAAGCCAUUGCUGAACCUGAAGCGUUUAGCAGAACUGGACUGGACUCACUGGUCCAAAGUCCUAUUUCAACGUUUCAUCUUAAAAUCAUGGUUCCAAAGUCUGGAGGAAUAGUGGAGAGGUAAUCCAAGUUGAAGUUCCUACAGACGUUGCAGACCAGCUCCACCACCUGCAUGCUGCACCACGUUGAUACAGUAAUUCAUGCAAAAGGAGCGAUCAAGGACUGAGUGUAGAUUCUCUGCUGUGGAGAUUUCUCUACUAAAAAUAAUUUUUUAUUGCUGUUAUGUAGUCUUUUAAUUUUCUGCAAAACAAAAUUUAAUUUUGGCUUUUCAUUGGCUAUAAACCAUAGUCAUCAAAUAAAACAGAAAUAUUUACGUGAUGUAAAUUAGUCUGAGUGUUAAACUGCGGUUUUAUCGGUGAAACUGAGCAGAAUUUCUGAUUUACAAAACUGUAUCUGAAUCUGCAAAGCGGGAGGUUUGGGGUUUGCGCUGUGUGGCACAAAUGCUGGGUUUGCAUUUCAAAUAAAGACAGAGCCAGAAAAAAAAAAA